CUAUCAUGUAAAUAAACACAGCAGCAGACGGCGAGCAGACUAGGACGACUACGACCUGCUGCAAGAUCCAUUCAACUGUGUGCUGUUAGGUCACUAGAACGUGCAACGUCGUCGGUGUUCUGACCGCCAAUUUGAUGGUUCCUGCUGCAGUCUUCAGUGUCAGAGAGACAGCACACGAGACAAUAUGGAGCUCAGCCAGCUUACCACGGCGACAGGUCCAGCAGGACGAGGCCCAUGGAUAGCACUUUUAUUAGGGCUUCUCACUGCCCUUGCUGCAAAUGGAGAAUCUCUUCACGAUUUGAAUGAUUCCCACUUAUCUGAACUUGGAAGCCUGUCAUCAAAUUUGAGCUCAGUCUUCACGCAUAACAUUACUGCGAGAAAGGAAGCUCUUGAGUCUACUUCUUCGUUAGGAAAUGCAACCCAAGAAGUAGUAAGGCCUAAAGACAUUCAGCUAGCUGAACUUCAUCAAGCCAAAAUAGCUCAACACAACUCCAGUGAAGCUGCUUCUCCAUAUGCCCUACGGACACCAACUGUUAGUCACAAUGAUAGCCUCUCUACGAGUGAAUCUCCUGCCCACACUUUGGCAUCAAACACAACCAGAGCUGGUACGACUCCAAGUAAACCUGUUGAUAGUGCAAUGAACUCAACAACUCCGAAAAAGAGUAAACCUGCCAUCACAUUUGAUAUUGAUGAUUUACCCAGGGAUGAAAAUGGAAAUGUUAUUGUGUCUGACCAAAGCCUUGUUGGUGCUGGUCCGUCUUUUGAUUUUGUUGUACCCAUUGUCAUUGCGCUGCUAGCAGUUCCAUUCAUUGCUGUACUUGGGGCAUAUGCCUACAAGAAAAGUCGCGAUUUCUGGGACAGACGUCAUUAUCGGAGGAUGGAUUUCCUCAUUGAUGGAAUGUAUAAUGACUGAUUUUGCUGUGAUAAAAUUUAAUUCCCUUUCAUGCUUGACGGGUACUGCUUUUAAACAAAAUUGACUUUUUUUAAAAAAUUGAUUGACAGUUCCAAAAAACGUAUGAUACUAGUACUCUAUUUUUAUUGGUCACAUUCUGAAUUCUAAGUGCUGUUCUGUGAGUUGUUACUAAGUGUGCUUCUUUUGUCUGAAUCUUACUAAAAACUUCUAUAAUUUCAUUCCCUUGUCAAUGAGUUUACAACUAGCUGUUGUUUUCUACAUCAUAUUCCUUGCCAGACUGAUAAGAAACAAAUUAUACAGCUUCAGUAAGCUGCUUAUUUGUACUACUUCAUGGAUCAAUUGAAAAAAAAAAAAAAAAAGAACUGACCCA